AUGCCAAUUAGUAAAAAGAAGUCCUCGCCACAUCUUGCGGUCCAGAAGGAAGUGGAACCAGCUGCUGCUGUUCCUCCUUCGAGCAUAGUCUCAUUCAACGCGAGCCUUGUGGCUUACGCUCACGCAACUACAGCCUACACUGCGUUUAUAUCUGCCCUUAUAGUUGGAUGCUACUUGCACUACGAAAAGAUCGUGGAGAAUGCAUCCUUUGGCUACCCAGAGGAAUGGUUCCCAUCAGUGUCUGCGACAAUUGGUGACAGAUACCCCGAAAGAUCGAUCUUCCAGAUCUUCAUAGCUUUAACCUCGGGCCCCAGGUUUUUGUUGAUCUUCAUCAACUUUCUUAAAAGUUUGGAAAGCAACAAGAAAAACGACAAGAUUCCAAUCAAAUCACACAUUGCCUUAAUUUCUGGAAUUGUGAGAACGUUCACUUGUGGUGGUUGGGUUUAUAUCACCUCCACUGAUGAUCACGACUGGCACGAUAUUUUUAUGAUUGCAUACAUAGUGUUGACCAUUCCAUGGACGGUUACAAUUUCGCUAGCACUGCCUAAAGGUAGUACCAUUAAAUUGGGCAGAUCAUUGACUAGUUCUCUCUUCUUCGCUACUUUGGUUCCUUUGGUGUACUGGUUUAUCCAACACAAAGUCCACGUCCGAGCCGGCGCCUACUCAAUAUACGCCUUUUUCGAAUGGGCCUUGAUCUUGUUGGACGUUGCCUUUGAUUCUUGGAGUGUCAUUGAGUUCAAGGACUUGGAAAUCCACUUAACUGGAAAUGGUGUUACCUUAAAUAAAAAGAAGGUGGCUAAGAAGACAGUCGUAGCUGCUGCCUCUUCCUCCUCCUCCGCUGAUGAUGAAUUUACUUUGGUUGAAUUCUUUAUCAAUGUUGUAAAUUCCUACAUGUUUUGGACUGUGUUAACCUCCCUUCUUCUUUGUGUGUGGUACUUCCCCUUAUGGCUAUUGGGCCUCUCAGGUUACGAAGCUGUAGUUGCGAUAGUUUUCGUUGCCCCUCUUUUCCUCACUAUCCCACCUUUAAGACGCUUCUUCGGUAGAUUUCCAUUUAUCGCUAGAUCAUUAAGUGUCUUGGGUGGUGUUGGUGCUUAUAAAGUUGAAGAACCAGAGCAAAGAUUGGCUAUCAUUACUGUUGGAACAGCAUUUGCGGUAAUUGCGUUGGUAAGUGAAUUCCAUUCAUUCCAAAGUAAACCUAAAAAGUUCGAAUCUUAUGCAAUUCUGUUCGUACUGGGACUACUUGCUACAUCUGUUUUCAAAUUUUUAUGCUAUUCCAAUAAUCCUAUUUGGCCCAUUAUGCACUCUGAAAAUGGAGGAUGGAAUGCUGUUGGUAUUUUCGUUGGCUUGGCUGCUGCUUUCUUAACUCCUGGUACUUUCAAUUCGUCGUCUUCAAUUGGAAGUACUAAGGCGAUUAACAGCGGUGGAUCAAUCUUCCUUGCCGCAAUUGGUUUUGCAGGCUAUUUCUUUUCCAUUCAUUCAUUCCUUAGUGAUUCUUCCACUUUGGCCCUCUGGUCAUGGGAAGGAUAUCCAAUUAAUGGACCAACUCCAGUUUCUGGAGCUCUUUUCAAUAUUGGAUCGAUCAUGAUUGGUUUGCUUAUAGCCAUUAAAUUUAAUCCAUCAAUUACGUCUUCUUCUGUUUACCAGAUCUUGGGAGGUAUUUCUGCAUUCACUUUAUAUAAAUACCCCGAUUGGAUUGGAUAUGGUGGCGCUUGUGUUUACACCACCUACUUGGCAUCCAUUGCGCCCGUAAUCUGGAAAUCAAUUGCCGGUUACAAUCCAGGAUUACUUUUCUCAUUGACAUUUUUAUUAGAUAUUUUAGUUUCGUUGGCAUCCAUUUGGAUUGUUGCAUAUGCUUUUGUCCCCGCUGGUUGGGUCCUCAGAGAAAGAACAGAUAUUGUCUUGGGUACCUCCUAUGGAAUGAUUUUAGUCGGGGUCUUGAACUACAAGUUAAAGUCCUCCGUCGCUACUAAGAUUACUAAAGCCACCGCUACCACAUUCAGGCAAACUUUGACGGUAUUAUCUAUUCUUCUUUCAUUAUCAGUUGCUAUCCAAUUUAAGCGUACCCCAACACAACCAUUUGAACCAUACAAUGCUUCCACUAAAUCAUUCACUACUGGUAUUUGGUGUGUUCAUUUCGGCUUGGACAACGAUAUGUGGUCUUCAGAAACUAGAAUGAGAGAUUUAAUAAGAGAUGCACAAGUAGACGUUAUCGGACUUUUGGAACUGGACACUCAGAGACUUAUUGGAGGAAACAGAGACUUUACUCAAAAAAUUGCUGAAGAGUUGGGAAUGUAUGCUGAUUAUGGUCCAGGUCCAAACAAGCAUACAUGGGGUGCAGCAUUAUUAUCUAAGUUCCCCAUUAUUAAUUCUACACACCACCUUUUACCUUCCCCUGUUGGAGAAUUAGCCCCUGCUAUUCAUGCUACCUUGGAUGUGUACGGAGAAUUGGUGGAUGUUGUUGUUUUCCACUCUGGUCAGGAAGAAGACGUUGAAGAUCGUAGGUUACAAUCUUUGGGUAUUCAGGAAAUUAUGGCUUCUUCUACUAGGCCAUUGGUCUUAUUAAGUUACUUAGUAACUGAACCUUUGGUAGGCAAUUAUAACACAUAUGUCAGUGAGAAGUCAAGAAUGCAUGAUAUUGACAGCACAGAUUGGGAUAGAUGGUGUGAAUACAUUCUCUUCAGAGAGUUGAAGAAAGUCGGUUACGCCAGAAUUUCUAGAUCCACAAUCACGGAUACUGAAUUGCAAAUCGCCAAAUUCAAGUUAUUGGAGGGCCAUGAAAGGGAAAUUGAUGUUAACGAUCAGAGAUUGUACGGGAACAAUUUUGUUCACGAGAAUGAAAUUGAAGAAGGCUUAAGAUUCCCCUCAUUGUUUAAAGGUGAUGGUGUUAGGGGACAUUUCUACCAUGUUUUCGAUGAACCAAGAUACUUUUCCCAAAAUGUGUAA